UUCCCAACAUGGCGGCAGCGUCUCUGCGCUGAAGUUUGUACAACACUGGCUAAACAACAAAAAAAGCACCCUGCAAUGUACCGUCUCGUCGACGCUUACUGCAAUAUCUGGGAAUUUAUUUAAACGGUGUAAGCUUAAGACGUGCGGGAGGACGCCAUGGUAAUUCAUGAUCGCGUUUUAUUUUGAAAGUUAAAACUUUUUGUUGGUUAAAGCUAGUCUGCUAGCUUUAAAGGCAGUUUUGUUCGCUCGCCAAUUGAUAUAGUUUCGCGGACACAAUUGAAGUUGCGCAUUUUGGACAAGGAACUCGGAAAAGAGCGUGUGGUUUUGUUUCGUUGUUGUGUUUUAUCGGAUUUGAGGGAAGAUGGCCCAGUCACCGGUGGCUGUUCAAGUUCCCGGAAUGCAGAACCCUCGAGCAGAUCCUGAGGAGCUUUUCACUAAACUAGAGCGCAUUGGCAAGGGAUCAUUCGGAGAGGUUUUCAAGGGCAUUGACCGCCGCACGCAGAACGUGGUGGCCAUCAAAACCAUCGACUUGGAGGAGGCUGAGGAUGAGAUCGAGGACAUCCAGCAGGAGAUCACCGUGCUGAGCCAGUGCGACAGUCCACAUGUCACCAAGUACUACGGCUCAUACCUGAAGGGCAGUAAGCUGUGGAUCAUCAUGGAGUAUCUUGGAGGAGGAUCAGCUCUGGAUCUGUUGCGGGCCGGACCUUUUGAUGAGUACCAGAUAGCCACCAUGCUGAAGGAGAUUCUGAAAGGCCUGGACUACCUGCACUCUGAGAAAAAGAUCCACCGAGACAUCAAAGCCGCCAACGUGCUCUUGUCCGAAUCUGGGGAGGUGAAGCUGGCAGACUUUGGCGUGGCGGGGCAGCUCACAGACACGCAGAUCAAAAGGGAGACGUUUGUUGGGACGCCGUUCUGGAUGGCUCCAGAAGUCAUUCAGCAAUCUGCUUACGAUUCCAAGGCUGAUAUCUGGUCACUGGGCAUCACCGCUAUUGAGCUAGCUAAGGGAGAGCCGCCCAACUCGGACAUGCAUCCCAUGAGAGUUCUCUUUCAUAUCCCGAAGAACACACCCCCGACCCUCAACGGUGACUUCUCCAAGACCUUCAAGGAGUUUGUGGACUCGUGUCUGAACAAAGACCCUACAUUUAGACCAACUGCAAAGGAGCUACUGAAGCACAAGUUCAUUGUAAAGAAUGCCAAGAAGACGUCCUACCUCACCGAGCUGAUCGACAGGCUGAAGCGCUGGAAAGCCGAAGGCCACAGUGACGGAGACUCGGACUCGGACUCUGACUCAGAGCCGAGCAGCAGAGACAGCGACACGUCCCCCGAGUGGUCCUUCACUACUGUCCGCAAGAAGCCUGACAAACAGCCCAAUGGAAUGGUGUCUCUUGACCAAGUGGUACAGAAGAAGUCAGCCAGUCUGUCCACAGUUAUAAGUCCGGUGUUUACUGAGCUGAAGCUGCAGCACAGGGACGAAGACGCGAGGAGGAGUGUGAUAGAAAAUCUGGAGAAGAGUCUGCAUGCUGCUGAGGACGUCUGCCCUGGAAUCACAGACAAGAUGAUCAGCCACAUCCUGGAAAGGGUUCAGAGGUUCUCUGUGAGUUAGAGUUCAGAGUGGAAAUAAAACGCGUCUGAAUAAGGAGCUGGACGACCAAACAGCUACAGGAUCCUACGAUCUCUGCUCUUCCUGUUCACUGAACAUUAAUAUUAUACACACACACACACACACACGCAUGCCCUCUCCACACACAGGGACAGGAGGGACUCAGGUCACACACUAUAUCAUAACCAAAAAAGGAAUUUCCCUUUUCACAAAAGACACAAAUAUAUAUAUUUUCUCUAAUUGUAUUUAUAUCAUUUUUGCCAUGUGCUUUCAUUUUAGAUUUUAGCUGGUGCCCUAUGAUGUGUUAGUGUUUUAGAUUGUUAUUUUAUGACAGAUUGUGAGUCACAGAUAUGCUUCUAGGUUUCCUGCUGAGCAUUAGAUACGUCAGUUCACGUGUCCGAGUGUGUGUGAGAGUGUGUAUGUGUAUUUUUGUUGACCCUUUGUGAUUUUUAUUUUAUGCUUCUAUCAGUAAUAUUUGUGGGAGAAUUUAUUCAAUCUUUUUAUGCCUUUUUUUUUUUUUUUUUUUUAAUGAGGGUAGAAUUUCUGUUCGCUCUACAUACUGUUACGUGUAGCAUUACGACUGCUGUAUGGGGAAAACCUUCAUAUCACGUUCAAGAAAACACAGAAAUACCUCAGACAAAACAAUCCAUUUGAAAGCAAAGAAAGCAACCUAGAUUUUUUUUUUUUUUUUCAUUAAUAGACAUAUGGUGCUUUAUGGGAGAGGAAUUUUGCUGUGCAAAAGAGGCUUCUGUUUCCGACACCUUAGAUUGAAGAUGUUUCCUAAUCUUAAAUUGGCAGUUUUUGUCCCUCCACAUGCACAUGUGGGCUUGUUGCUGAUGUGACAGAUGUCGAUAAAUCUUUUGUUCCUUCUUUCUUUGUUUUUGUUUUUUUGGAGAGCUCUAAGAGAGAUACUGUACUUCUGAAGGAAAUGCACUGCAUACACUUUGUACUGGGUGGGGAAACACACACACACACACAUACACAUACAUAUAUACUCUCCUGGUCCCGUGACUAGAUCUGGAGGAGAGGCUGCACUUCUCUAGCCAGCAGAAGUCAAAAUCCUCCACUGCAGUUUCAGCAUUAGAGAGCAGAGCUCCGUGUAAUCAGUAGCAUAGGAACUUGUGCAAAUUUUCAAACUUCUGAAAAUGGGAGCUUAUUUUGGGGAUAGUCUUAAUAAUAUAGUGGUUCAUAGUCUAGGAAGUUUCUGCCAAGCUUUUAAAACAUAAGGGUGCCAUCACUGGUAUGGUGGUGAGGUGAUCAGUGCGUCUGUUGGCUUGGAGACGUUUACCGCCAACAUUGUGCCUAAACUUUACUUCUCUGUGUAUGUAUGUUUAUUAUUAUUAUUAUUAUAUUAUUAAUAUUAAUAUUAUUAUUAUCUUUAUAAAGCUUUAAGGAUUUCACAUGUUGCCAGACUGAGGUUGAAGAGCAAUAAAGGUGAUGUUAUUAUUUUUAUUAUUAUUAUUAUUAUUAUUAUUAUUAUUAUUAUUAUUAUUAUUAUUAUGUCUUUAAAGAUAUGUUGAUACCAGGCUAGGUUUUUUGUAAAUGUUAUCUUUUUGUAAAUGGUUUUUGAAAAUGCUACACAGGUAUCUGUCAAAGCUGUAUCAUAUAUAUAUGUAUAAAUCUAUCUAUAGGCCUUUUUUUGUGCUUUAAUUGUUACAAACUGGUAUGGUUUGACAAAUAAAGAUGUAAAUUAUGACACUG